CACGGCACAUAUAGACCAAUUAGAAAACUAGCAUAUAUGAAUGAGAGAUACAGAGACCUUUGACGUUUGCAAAUUGCAAUUUUAUUAGGGUUGACCACUCUGAAAACUUCUCUUUCACCCUAUUGAUGCGUUCUCUAUCCUUCAAUUCCUUGCAAAAUGAUCGAUCAUGGCCGACUUAGCCGUGUAAAAAAAUUGCAGGUCUUCUCCAUUGGUGCGAUUUUCUUAAUAAUCAUAUUCUCCUUCAGUUUCAUCUCCAACGUUUCACUCCAUUCUGUUGCCUCUGAAACCAAAAGAAACCUUCAAGAGCUUCAGACCCAUAAGGCACGGCAGCCAUUGAAGUUAACUUCAAGUCCAGAACCUCACGCCCUGAAAGAAGAGAACCCAGAAGCAUAUACUGAAGACCAUGCCGUGAAAGAAGAUAGCCCAGAAGCAUAUACUGAAGAUCAUGAUCAUUUAGUGCCUCCGAUCAACGUCACCGCCGAAGAAAGAAUUGCUUGGUUCAAGAAAAAGUUGCCGGAGUUCAAGAUAUUACAAUCAACAAGAUUUACACAGCAAUUUGAUGGUCGAGUGAGAGAGUUCUUGAGGCACAAAUGCAAGGUUCGGUUCUUCAUGACAUGGAUAUCACCCACAACCUCAUUCAUGGGGCAGAGAGAGUUUCUAGCCAUGGAAAGUCUAUUCAAAUCAAACCCACAUGGAUGCUUGAUAGUCCUAUCAAGAAGUAUGGACUCUGUUGCCGGAGAUAGGAUCUUUAAACCGCUACGCGAUCGCGGGUUCAAGAUCAUGGCAAUUACACCAGACUUGCCUUUUCUAUUCAAGAACACUCCGGCUGAAUCUUGGUUGGAUGAUAUGAAGAGUGGAAACAAGGACCCUGGUGAAAUUCCAUUGGCACAAAACCUAUCAAAUCUGAUUAGACUGGCAGUUUUAUACCAAUAUGGAGGUGUUUACUUAGAUACAGAUUUCAUAGUUCUUAAAGAUUUCUCGGGUUUGAGAAAUUCUGUGGGAGCACAAAGUACUGAUGUGUCUGGCAAGUGGACAAGAUUGAAUAAUGCAGUUCUUGUUUUUGAUAGAAACCAUCCACUUUUGUACAAGUUCAUUAAGGAAUUUGCAAACACUUUUGAUGGAAACAGAUGGGGACACAAUGGACCCUACCUUGUCUCUAGGGUGGUGGAGAAAGUGAGAAAAACAAGGGGGUCUAGGGUCACUGUGUUGCUGCCGAUGGCCUUUUAUCCAGUCGACUGGACGAAGAUUGCCGGGUUUUUUACGCGACCGAAUGAUCGGGCUUAUUCGAAGUGGGUGGAGGCCAAGCUGCUUCAGCUAAAGAGAGAGACUUAUGGGGUGCACCUAUGGAACAGACAAAGUAGUGGAUUGAGAAUUGAAGAAGGAAGCAUCAUAGGUAGGUUGAUUUCAGAGAAUUGUGUUAUUUGCGAACCUUUGAACAGUUCUUGAAGGAGCCAUCGGCUUUAAAGGCGAAGCUUUUUGGGCUUAAGAUGGUUUGGUUGUGUUGAAGUAGCAGGAUGUGAAUACAUAGGAUCAUCUCAUUCAGGUUCUUAUUAGUUUACACUUUGCCUAGUAAGGUCCUUAUUCGAGGACUUGUUAGGACUUUGACUCUAUUUUUUGAUUCUUUGUUUUCAAAUCCCCUAAUUCAGAUUCAAGUUUUAGUUUACAUUUUGGUUGAAUCAGCUCCUGAUUUCAGGACUUUUAACAUAAUUUUUAUCUGUUCCAUGAUUCUUUGUAUUUGAUUUUUGCCUUUUUAAUCCCCCUUUCAAAACUCCGGAAAGGCCCUUUGCUUGACUUGAGCUUGAAAGAGGUGGGCAGCCAGUGGCAUGAAUUACUCAUUAUGGGUUAAUCUUUUGGUUGAGGGCUUUGUUAUCGAAAAUGUAGUAGAUUCUGUGC